AGGCCCCACUCUUUUCACUCCAUAGUUGCGAGCAAACCCAACAAUGAACAAAUCCACCACACUCCGCCAUGACCUCUUGCAUUCCACCACCGCCACCACCACCUUCUCCUCCGUCUCUCCACCUCACCCGCCGCUCCCUCCUCUUCACAUCCUCCACCCUCUCCCUCCCAACCUUCCCUUCCCUCUCCGCCACUCCACCCCCCAACACCACCAUCACCGACCGCGUCUUCAUGGACUUCAGCCUCUGCCCCACCUCCUUCCUCCCCAACCGCGACACCGUCUGCUCCGACUCCACCCCUCUCGGCCGCGUCGUCCUUGGCCUCUACGGCAACCUCGUCCCCCUCACCGUCUCCAAUUUCAAAUCCCUCUGCCUCGCUUCCUCCGACCCCUCCUCCUCCUCCUACAAAAACACCCUCGUCCACAAGCUCUUCCCCGGCCGCUACUUCCUCGCCGGCCGCCAGGGUAGACCCGACAAGGGCGAGGUCCGCUCCCCGCUCAACCUCCCCCGCAACACCGAAACGAUAAACCCUAACGCAUUCGCCCUCACGCAUUCCGGUCCCGGCGUCGUUUCGCUCUCCCUCUCCGAAAACGAUGACGACGAAGAAAUCAAGCUUGACCCAUUGUACCGGAACGUUGAGUUCUUGAUCACCACCGGGCCUGGACCUUGCCCUGACCUUGAUAACAAGAACAUUGUCUUUGGAACCGUGCUUGAAGGGUUGGAUGUUAUCACAGCCAUUGCUUCAAUUCCUACUUACAAACCGUCUGAAAGGAUUCGGCAAUUUAAUGACUUGGCUGAGUUUUUUGGAGAUGACAGGGCACAGAAUGCUCGUUCUAUAUGGAACAAGCCUCUGAAGAUUGUCUAUAUUAGUGACUGUGGGGAGCUCAAAGUUGCAAAGCCUUCCCUCACUCCUUCUCUCCCUUGAUUUCUUUCUAUAUGUAUAUGUUAUCCCAGAAGAUUUCUUAUAACUGGUGCAUGUAUUUAUGUAAAAUCAUACUCACAAAUUCUUUGGAAGAAAAUGAUUGUGAAUAAAACUUGAAGGAAACCAAUUCAAUGAGA